CUCUCACACACACACACACACACUCUCACACACACACACACACACACACACACAAACACACACACACACACCACCAUUCACUUCUGGCAGAGGGAAGACAGGACCACAGGAGAACAGUUACACACCUUUACUUCCAGUUAUUCACCCAGCCAUCGCCAGACACUUUUUCCCAGGAUGUGGACGCUUCUCUUGGGGGUCACCUUCGGAUUACUGGCCUCCUCCAGGUCCGAACAACUUCAAGUGAAUUCCCGCAGCUGCAGCUUUGCACGGGUAUUUCUGGCUGAGGGGGAGAGCCGUCACGCUCUGACCUUUGGCAUGGCUAAAAUGGUGUGUGAGCAGCUGCAGAGCAUCUUGGCCACUCAAGAACAAGUCCAGCAGGCCUUUGAUAACUCCAUGCAGACAUGCAGGAAUGGCUGGACCAGCAAUAUCAGUAUUGCCAUCCUCAGACAGGACUCCCAUGAAAACUGUGCAAACAAUACGACUGGCCUCAUUAUUAAUACAUCUGUAAACACUGAUGAUUCUUAUGAUGCCUACUGCUAUGAUGAAACAGUUGGGCCUGAGAAGAACUGCACAAAAAGAUUUGUAAUAAAAGCCACACCAGAGCCUCAGGAGUCAACAACAGAAGGCCCGGAAGAGACGACUGCAAAACCUGAGGAUGCUUCUGUCAGUGAGGGUGGGGACCCCACAGCAGCCCCUGGGGAAGAUGCUCUUACUGAGGGGUCUGAAACAACGCUGUCAGACUCCACUACUAGUCUAGAAGAGACAGAGACUGCGACUGAGGGCCCCGCCGUGGAAGAAACAACUGUGGAGUUCGACCUUGGAUCUGGUAUGAUGCUACCUGAAGAGGGAAAGAACACUCAGACGGCCCCUGUUGGAGAGUCUAAGUAUACACAAGCAACCACUGAAGAGGGGCAUGAUGGUAAAUAUGCCACAAUAGAAUCUCAACCAGAACAACCAAAUCCUAGUGGCAAAGGACGGGUGCCGGAUCCUACUGGCUCUGACCAGGGCGGAGAUUCAUCAAACUGGCUGGUUAUCCUUGUAGCGAUUGUUGCAGUUGCUGCUAUUCUUUUCGUGUGCGCAGCUGUUGUAAAAAGAAAGAGUUGGUGUGGCAAACAGAAGACCCUGAUGAUCACGUCCAAAGAUGGCGGCGAGGGCAACGGUGCUGCAGCAUCAGCAUCCAGCUCGCACGCCCAGGAGAGAGAGCAGGAGAUGGUGACCCUGAUGAAUAAGGAGAAGAUCACAGAGAACGGCAACACGGAGGAGUUCACCGUCAUCAAGCUAGAGGAGUCGCCAGAUAAACAGCUGGCGUGAGAGAGUGUAGAAGCAGACGGGGAAGAGUAGGGGAGGAUGGGGAGGGUG